CGGGAGGCGGGGAGGGGAGAAGGAUGCUCCAGGGCUGGCUCUUCGCUUUCUCUCCUGCCCGGAGCUCGCAGGGGCUUGCCUGGAGGAUGUCUCACCCCCUCGGCACAGGUGUCAUUGCUGGGGGAGAGCUCGUGUGGCUGCCCGCUGCGGUGAGCUCGGAGCAUGCUGCUCGGGGUCGGCCCCAGGCGGUUUCUGGAGCACCAUCUUCUCUUUGUGGAGAAGGCAGAGCAGCAGCACCCGGCUCAAAAACCCCUCCUGCCUCCAUUCAUGACUGAGGAACCCUCCGUGCCAGCCGAGCCAGACCUGCCCUCCUCCAACCUCACCAACGCGACGGACUGCGGCGAGGAGAUCUUGCUCUAUGGGGACACGGAGAAGAUCGUCAUCGGCGUGGUGCUCUCCAUCAUCAUCCUCAUGACCAUCGCUGGCAACCUGCUGGUCAUCAUCUCCGUCUGCAUCGUCAAGAAGCUCCGGCAGCCCUCCAACUACCUGGUGGUGUCCCUCGCGGCCGCCGACCUGUCGGUGGCCUUUGCCGUCAUGCCCUUCGUGACCAUCACAGACCUGGUCGGGGGAGAGUGGCUCUUUGGGAAGGUUUUCUGCAACGUGUUUAUCGCCAUGGAUGUUAUGUGCUGCACGGCCUCCAUCAUGACCUUGUGCAUCAUCAGCGUGGACAGGUAUCUGGGGAUCACUCGGCCGCUGACGUACCCCGUGAGGCAAAACGGGAAGCUGAUGGCCAAGAUGGUCUUCAUCGUCUGGCUGCUCUCCGCCUCCAUCACGCUUCCUCCUCUGUUUGGCUGGGCCAAGAACGUCACGGUGGAAAGAGUCUGCCUCAUCAGCCAGGACUUCGGCUACACGGUCUACUCCACGGGGGUCGCCUUCUACAUCCCCAUGGCCGUCAUGCUGGUCAUGUACAGCCGGAUCUACCGGGCGGCCAAGGACAGCGCCGAGAAGCACCGCUUCAUGAACCUCCCCAAGCACUACGAGGAGGAAGGCGUCUACUGCCUGGAGGCCUCCAGCCGCGGCCACCGCAGCUCCAGGCGGACCAAAGCGGCGGAGGAAUGCGCCACGCUCUCCAAGCUGCUCCGGCAGGACCGCAAGAACAUUUCCAUCUUCAAGCGGGAGCAGAAGGCGGCUCGGACCCUCGGCAUCAUCGUGGGGGCCUUCACCUUCUGCUGGCUUCCCUUCUUCCUGAUGUCGACGGCUCGGCCGUUCAUCUGCGGCAUCCGCUGCAGCUGCAUGCCCCUGAGGCUGGAGAGGACUCUGCUCUGGCUGGGCUACACCAACUCCCUCAUCAACCCUUUGAUCUAUGCUUUCUUCAACCGAGACUUGAGGACUACUUUCUGGAACCUCCUGAGGUGCAGGUACAGGAACAUCAACAGGAGGCUGUCCGCUGCCAGCAUGCACGAAGCCCUGAAAGCCACAGAGAGGCACGAAUGCAUCCUGUAGAGCUGUGUCCUCUCGCUCAGUGCCUGACCAACCACCUCCUGCCUCUCCAUUUCAGGUUCCUUGCUUCUUCUGCCUCUCGAGGCUGGCAAAAACCAUGCGUGCCAUUGUCCCCCCUGCCAGGCAUCACCACUGAGAGAGACACCCCUUCCCCUCUCCCCAGCAGAAGCUGCUGUUCUUCUCCCCCCUUCUAACCAUAUUCCAGGUGGGAGCUGGAAAACAAACAGGACCGGGGGGGAUUCAUGGUCUGCCACCAACUGUGGGCAAGUCACACCACCUUACUGUGCCUCAGUUUCCCCUUCUGUUAAAAAAUAAAUAGAAAAAGAGGAAGGACAAGAAACCCUCCCAACCAAACAAAAAGCAUCCUACAAACUUGGUAAGAGUGUGGCUCUCCACCUUCACAAAGGGCUCAAAGGUCUGUGGAGGGCACACAAUAUCCUCUGUAAAGAUGACACUGGCUGCACUUCUCUAAUGGAAUACGGUAGCAGCUGCAGGCUCUUUGUAGAUCCAAGCCCUCAAGGCAUCCCAGCUUGCACGAACUCUUCCCACCUGUGUAAGAGCAUUGUACACACUGAGCUCGUGUCCAGGUCUGCACGUCAGAGCAGUGACCCCACCGGCCCUGUCCCCUCUCACGCCGUAGCACUGGGAAGAGGCACACUCCCAGAAGGUGACUCAAAUCAACAGGAAGAUUCCUUUCUGGUUGGAUAGGAAAGUCCAACAGCUUCCUCAUCAGGGCCACUAGUGACCAGUGGGCAAAGACAGCUCUGUUUAUUGGGUUGUGCUGUAAUUCCUUCUCAGACAAGUGAUGUGUGCUCAUAGUUCGCGGCUAAUCAACUCCAUCUAAGCACGCUUUGGUUGGCAACAGGAAAAGGUACAGAAUUUCUCUGACAGUGUCCAGCAAGCUUGAAAAAAUGCACUCAUUGAUAUGAUUCUGCCCCUCUGCUCUGCUCUGGUGGGACCCCACCUGGAGUACUGUGGUCAGCUUUGGAGCCUCCAACACAAGAAGGACAUGGAUCUGGUGGAGACAGUUCAGAGGAGGGCCAUGAGGAUUAUCAGAGGGCUGGAGCACCUCUUCUGUGAGGGCAGCCUGGAAGAGUUGGGUCUGUUCAGCCUGGAAAAGAGAAGGCUCCAAGGAGACUUUAGAGCAGCCUUCCAGUACCUGAAGAGGGCUACAAGAAUGCUGGAGAGGGACUUUUCAUAAGGGGCUGUGGUGACAGAACAAGGGGCAAUGGCUUUAAACUAGA